GAGUCUCCCUCUGUCACUCAGGCUGGAGUGCAUUGACGUGAUCUCCACUCACUGCAACCUCCACCUCUCAGGUUCAAGUGAUUCUCCUGCCUCAGCCCCCAAGUAGCUGGGAUUACAGACAUGUGCCACCACGCCCGGCCAACAAGCCCAAUUUCAAGUGAUAAGACAUGGCUAUGGAAUUUAGGGACAACAUGAGCUUGACAGAAAGCAAACAGCUCAGGUUUGGGAGGCCCCUUCCACAAAGAGGCAUUGAGAAGAACUCAGGGUAGGAGAGAAAGGGCAGUGGUUUGCUGCAGUGAGACUCACUGAUACAGUUUCAUUCAGUAGAAGCACUAGGCAAACUUAUACAAGAAAAAAUAAACACUGUAAGCAGCUGAGCUAAAGUGAAUGUAGAAUCCGAGGGACUGAAUUUUCCUGUUGGCCCGUGAGUCAAGUCACUUACACUAGCUGAUAUCAUGGAAAUAAGGAUUGCCCAUAUUUAGAAAAGCUCACAGCAGGCAAGAAUGCUUUCCAGACUCCUGCCACAGUAUCAGGAGAUGUCAAUCACCACUAUGUGUUUUUGGACAGUACUUGGUGGACAGAGAACAAGGCAGCUAUAAUGAGUUUAUCCUGGAUUGGCCCCAGCAUAUAAAAUAAAACAAUAAUAAUAUUAUAAGUCGGUUCUGUACAUUGUCAUGCGGAUAUGUGCUCCCUGCCCUCUCCCCAAGAGGGCAUUUGGCAAUGUCCAGAGACUUUUUGAUUGUCACAACGUCGGGGGCAGGUUGCAACUGGCAUCUAGUGGGUGGAGGCCUCCUACAAUGCACAGGACAGCCCCCUACAAUAAAGAAUUAUCCAGCCCAAGAUGUCAAUGGUGUGGAGGAUGAGAAACUCUGGACCAGAGGAGGCAAUAGCAUGUAUGGCAUGAGGGGGUUUUGGUCACUGACUUUUUUGAACUCCCCACUCCGCAAGUAUCAAUUCUCCGGGAUCAUUGCUUCUGGCAGGAGAGGUCAUGAGGAGGCCUAGAAUAUGAACCAGAUAGAGAUUGCAUUGUUUAUUUUCCUUUUCAUCUAAAACAAUAAAUCAUCCUGUAGCUUAGGCAUUAGGUCCCUUCGGAUGUCACGGUAUCCUUGUGCUUUUCUGACAUCAACACAUAGAAAUGCAGGGCCCUGUGGCGCCCGGGGUUUCUGCCUGGGUUUAGGUUUCUUCCCCCUCAGCAUCGCGUGCUGUGCCCUGGUGGAGGGGAAGAGCGAAACACUUUGGGAAUGGGGCGUUUUCGUAACGUCAUUUAUUUAGUCUAGAUGAAUUUUGCUCUUUAAGAAUAAGAAGUUGUGGAUUCCCAGAAGCUGGAAAUCGGACGAGAGAAUAUGCGUUAACUAGGGAAGUUAAUCACGUUGAGUUUACUGACAAGGACAAGGCAAGGGGGAGGUGGCGGAAAGCCCCGUUUGGCUGACGUUCUACUGCUGGAGCCUCCCGGCCCGUGACUGUCUCCGCGAAGAGGGGGAUCGGCGCUCGCGGUGGACAGGUCCGACGCAGGGCGGCGGGGGCCACUUUCCAGCGGGACCGUCCCGCCGCCGGGCCUCCCUGGAGGGGAAGGAAGUCCCUCUCCAAGUCCCAGUGGCUUUUGGAACUGCCGGGUCCCUUUGGGAGGGAGCGGUCCCGGGACGUGGGAAGAUGCCGGGCUGGCGGGAAGCUGCAGGAAGAGGCGGGCCUCCUGCCUUUUGUCUCCUGGUGGCUAGCCCGGAGCCGGGCCGAGGGCAGCCCGCCCGCUACACGCCCCAGCCCGGCAAGCGGCUCCGGGAAUCCGGCGGGCGGGGCUGGGAGGAGGGCGGGGCGGACACAGGCCGCGCCCACCGAGCGCUCUUUAAAAGGCACCGGCGCGCGCUUCGCCUGGGAUCUCGGACUCCCUGGACCCUCCCUCCGGCCCGGCCUCGCUAGCUCCGCCUGCGGUACGUGCUCCCGCCUCCGACUCAAAAUGCCUGUCUGGGGAGGUGGAAACAAGUGUGGGGCCUGUGGGAGGACCGUGUACCACGCAGAAGAGGUGCAGUGUGAUGGCAGGAGCUUCCACCGCUGCUGCUUUCUCUGCAUGGUUUGCAGGAAAAAUUUAGAUAGCACAACAGUGGCAAUUCACGAUGAAGAGAUCUACUGCAAAUCCUGCUACGGAAAGAAGUAUGGGCCAAAAGGCUACGGUUACGGCCAGGGCGCUGGCACACUUAACAUGGACCGUGGCGAGAGGCUGGGCAUCAAACCAGAGAGUGUUCAGCCUCACAGGCCUACAACAAAUCCAAACACUUCUAAAUUUGCUCAGAAAUAUGGAGGUGCUGAGAAGUGUUCCAGAUGUGGGGAUUCUGUAUAUGCUGCCGAGAAGAUAAUUGGAGCUGGAAAGCCCUGGCAUAAAAACUGUUUCCGAUGUGCAAAGUGUGGGAAGAGUCUUGAAUCAACAACUCUGACUGAAAAAGAAGGUGAAAUCUAUUGUAAAGGAUGCUAUGCAAAGAACUUUGGGCCCAAGGGAUUUGGCUAUGGCCAAGGAGCAGGGGCUCUUGUUCAUGCCCAGUAAGAUGUAAACCCUGAACUUAAACAUCACACACUGAGAAUCUCUUCAUAAUCUAGGCACAGAUAAUCUUUAACACUAAACUACUGUGAAAUUCUACCAGCAAUAAGUACUGUAUAUUGCCCUGUACUUGGAUAGGCUGGCUAACUCGUAGGAAGAGAGCACUGUAUGGUAUCCUUUUGCUUUAUUCACCAGCAUUUUGGGGGAACAUUUCUUUUACAUUUUAAAUAAAACUUCAGCUUGA